CUAUAAUUGAAUGGGACUCUCUCAUCUGACUGUUUCUCAAAUGAGGGAGGGAUAGCUCAGUGGUUUGAGCAUUGCCCUGCUAAACCCAGGGUUGUAAAUUCAAUCCUUGAGGGGGCCAUUUAGGGAUCCAGGGCAAAGAUCUGCCUGGGCAUUAGUCCUGCUUUGAGCAGGAGAUUGGAAUAGAUCUCCUGCAGUCCCUUCCAACCCUGAUAUUCUAUGAUCAUACCCAUAUUUUAUCAUCUUCCAUCCUCUCCUCCUUACAGGGACACAGAGAAUCUCCAUUAACAGAUCCUCCCCAAGGGAUGUCUCUGUCCAAAUCACAUGCUCCUCUUCACCUAUUGGCUUUCCCCCACCCCUGAGUUUAAAAACUGCUCUAAAACCUUUUUAAUUUUAAAUGCCAGCAAUCUGGUUCCAUUUUGGUUUAGGUGGAGCCCAUCCUUCCUGUAUAGGCUCCUCCUUUCCUACGUUUCCCCAGUUUCUAAUAAAUCUAAAUCCAAACCCCUCCUCCCUACACCAUCUCAUCCACACAGUGAGACCCUGCAGUUCUGCCUGUCUGUCUAGCCCUGCGCGUGGACAGAGAAUGCUACCAUGGAGCUCCUGGACUUCAGUCUCUUACCUAGCAGCCCAAAUUUGGCCUCCAGGACCUCUCUCCUGUCCUUCCCUAUGUCAUUGGUACCUACAUGUACUAUGACCACAUAAGUCAAUCCAGAUGUCUUGAGGGAUCCACAACGUUCGCACCAGGCAGGCAAGUCAUCAUGCAGUUCUCCUGGUCAUCGCAAAUCCAGCUAUCUGUUUCUAAUGAUUGAAUUCCCCAUAACUAUUACCAGUCUCCUCCUAAUAACAGGAGUUCCCUUCCCUGGAACUCUUUCUACAGUAACUCUUUCUUUUAAAAUAAAUGUUAGAUUUAGUUAAUAAUUGGCUAUAAGCAUGUAUUGGGGUUAGAUCUGAAAUAUUUAGUGCCCUGGUGCGUAAUAGGUCCAAUCUCUUGGGGCUGGUAGAACUUUAUAUAUGGUAAAUAGGUUUUAAGUAACCCUCACUAUAUAGACUUGGUUGUCUGGAUGGGGGCAAGGCUGGAUUGUUUAAAGGGAAUGGUAUUUUGGCUUCUUGGUAACCAGUAAAGUAUUGGAAAAGCUGUUUUGUUACUGCCUUGGUGAAUCUAAUUAUGACAAUAUACCAUUUCUGGGGAUUGUCUGCCCUAUUCUUUGUAGUUUGUCCUGAUUAAGCAUUCUUCUUAUAGCCACUCCAGCGACCCAGAUCACAUAAUACAGAGCAGGGGACUGGAGUAGACCUCUGGAAGUCCCUUCCAGACCUAUGAUGUAGGCCACAGCAAGCAAACUAUGCUCCCGAUUAUUAUUCCAGCCUUGCCUUGCUAUGGGCAGCAGUAAUCACUGGUUAAGUUGCAUAUGAAGGAUUCCAUUCUAACCCUGGGGAAGCGUCCCUCCGGGGCUGAUCCUUUGCGGUGUUGCCCUUUGCCUCCAGCAGAACUGUUUUAAUAUUAACAAGCCACAGGGUGACCAGACAGCCAGUGUGAAAAGUCAGGAGAGGCGUUAGGGGGUAAUAGGAGUUUACAUAAGAAAAAGACCCAAGAAUCAGGACUAUCCCCAUAAAAUCAGGACAUCUGGUCACCCUAGCAAGCUGGCGGCAGGAGCCUGCCGGGGGUGGGAAGACGGGACGUGGUCGGAAGCACCUUUGGGUGUGCUCCCGCAGGCGGGGGAGCUCUGUCCACACGGGGCUGCGGGGUGACGCGAACAGCCCCCCCCCAGCGCCGCAAGCUGCAGGGCAGCGGCGGGGCCCAGGCCCUGGACUCUUGCUGCCAUUACUGUGCUACGUUAUGCUGCCUCCUCCCACCCGGACCCACCGCCCCAGUGCUGCUCACAAACCGAGCCAGCCCCGCCUCGAGCCCGCCGGGCCCAGCCAGGCCGCCCCGUGUCUCGGACUGAACUACCCGGGGAAGGGCGGCGUGACGCGCCCUGGGCCAGGUUACCGGCCCCGGCCCGAGCCCGCCCCUCAGAGCCGGCGAGCCCGGCGCCGCAUCCCGGCCCGCACGGGCGCCUCCCACUGCCCGGAGAUGGCGGCUCGGGGCCCGGGCCGCCUCCUGCUCCUGCUGGGCCUGGCCGCCGCGCUCUGCCCCCCGCGGGCCGCACAGCCGCCCCCCGGCGCCUUCCAGGCCGGGCACGGCGCCGCCUCGCUCCCCGCCGCCGCCGCGGGCCGCCGCCGGUAUCUUUUGUAUGAUGUAAAUCCUCCUGAAGGGUUCAAUCUACGCAGAGAUGUCUAUAUUCGUGUUGCCUCUCUUAUAAAGACCUUGCUGAAAAGUGAAGCUUGGGUAUUGGUCCUGCCUCCUUGGGGACGGCUUUAUCACUGGCAGAGUCCUGACAUCCAUCAGGUCCGAAUCCCUUGGUCUGAGUUCUUUGAUCUUCCAAGCCUCAAUCAGAACAUCCCCGUUAUUGAGUAUGAGCAGUUUCUUGCAGAGUCAGGUGGACCCUUUAUAGACCAGGUAUAUGUCCUACAGAGCUAUGCAGAAGGAUGGAAAGAAGGAACUUGGGAAGAGAAAAUAGAUGAGAGGCCAUGCAUUGAUCAGCUCAUGUACUCAAAAGACAAACAUGAAUACUACAGGGGAUGGUUCUGGGGUUACGAGGAAACACGAGGCCUAAAUGUUUCUUGUCUGUCUGUCCAAGGAUCAGCCUCUAUCAUAGCUCCUGUUCUUUUGAAAAACACUUCAGCACGGUCAGUGAUGUUAGACAGAGCUGAAAACCUCCUUCAUGACCACUACGGAGGGAGAGAUUAUUGGAAUACUCGUCGAAGUAUGGUGUUUGCUAAACACCUGCGUGUGGUGGGGGAUGAGUUUAGGAGGAAAUACCUUCACUCCACUGAUGAGGCCGACAGGACCGACUACAAUGAGGACUGGACACAGAUGAAGGUAAAGCUGGGCACUGCUGUAGGCGGGCCAUACCUUGGAGUUCACCUCAGAAGAAAAGACUUCAUCUGGGGUCACAGAGAAGAUGUGCCAAGCCUUCAUGGAGCAGUGAAGAAAAUACGCAGCCUGAUGGAAAAGCAUAAACUUAAGAGAGUUUUCAUAGCUACUGAUGCCAUUGUGGAGGAGACUGAAGAGCUCAAGAAAUUACUGCCUGAGAUGGUGAGGUUUGAACCCAGUUGGGAGGAGCUAGAACUCUACAAAGAUGGAGGAAUAGCAAUUAUUGACCAAUGGAUCUGUGCACAUGCUAGGUAUUUUACUGGCACCUCGGUUUCAACAUUUUCCUUCCGGAUUCACGAGGAAAGGGAGAUCCUGGGAUUUGACCCCAGGACCACUUACAACCGAUUUUGUGGUGAGAAAGAGAGAAACUGUGAACAGCCAACCCACUGGAAAAUUGUUUAUUAAUAACACCACUCCAAAGGACUGCAGUAAGUGGUGAGCUCACCAAACCAAGAGAACACUCACAGGAAACAGAUCUUUCUAGCCAAGCUACCACUUCCUCCUCUUCCUGGUGUUAGCUCUGAGUCUAGGUUUUAAGCACAACUGGGUAGCAAUACCGUGGUCAUUCUCCUGACCAGGCACUGAUAUAACUGGUCAAAAUGAAGUGAGGUAAGGAUUCGGUUCUUGGUCUAGCUAGUAUGCCAGGACAGUAUACUCACUCUCUAAAUGUUUCAUUUAGAUUGAAGAGGCCAAGCAUUGUUUUAGGAGGCAGCAAAAGUGUUUUCACUCAAAAAACUUGAAACAGUUUGGUUUUGUUUGUUUUUUAAGUGUUGUAUCUAUAACAUAGCUAUAGUCUGUACCACAUUCCUAUGUUCAGGUGGUUAUUUGCUUCUUGGCUUUAUUUGACUCACUGUAGUGGUAUCUGUUUACAAGGAGGACAUUUAGGUUUUGUAACCUGCACUUUGUGAGGGCUGCAGAUUGUGCACAGAAUGUGCAGUUCUGGAGGGAAAAUCAAAUAGUAAUUUUUUAACAUUUCAAACUGGUACAAAAAUGCAUUUCAUAUUCGUAAUAGAGAAGGAUAGGUGGUAUUUUUACCAGAACACAGACCAGUGUCACAGCUAGCACCUUUAAUAGCAAUUCUUGUCAGAGAGGUCUGUGGCUGAAAUCCAUAAAGACUGAACUAGGUUGGCAACCCCAAAGCUGGUUAGUGGGGCUGCGAGGGAAAGCGAGCACUGCCUGUCACGUACGUGUUCUCUCUAAACAGGAGGCUUCAUUUUAUAGAGCUGUCAGUCAGCACCUUUCUCCCAUGUUAAACUCACUCAAAUCAAGGCAAAUAUAAACAGCAUUUGGGGAGUUUUCUGCUUUGCCAGAAGAACUUUUCAAAGCAUGGAGCUGCUUGUUUAGGCUUGAGGGUGUUUUGCAGCUGCACAGGGGGAGCAGAAUGGAGUAUCUUUUUUUUCCCCCUCCACUCCCGGCCUGGUGCAUGUUGAAAGCGUUACAGGGUGUGACUUCAUCCCUGGAUUCAGACAUGCCAAAACUGACCAGCCAUUAUAAAAAUCAUCGGACUCUUUGCUCUUCCCCUUAAUUCUGCGUCACCAUCAAAUCUCCCAAGUGAACCUGUACAGCUGUAUGCAGGUAACACUCUCCCUUGGGACCGAAAUGUCACACUCAGCAAGGGCACAUGGAAGCGGAGUCGUGGGGUACCCCCUUCUGUCAGCCAUUGUGGCAUGGGAAGCUGUUACAUUAACUGCAGUGUGGGCAGAAGAGGGUGCAAUGGUCAUCUGAGAAAACACUUCACAAAAAUGAAGCCUGUCUAACAUCUUUGACACUCUCACUAUUCAGAGUUGGCUACAUGCAAUAUUUUGUUCAUGGUGUGCAUCAGGUAGACUUCUGUCUUGCAGUUUUGAUCUGGCUCGUGGCUCUGCGAGGUCUCCGAUAGGUCUGUUUAAGAAAAAGGGGAACCGUCAUUUUCAGAGUUCAGCAGUAUGUUUUUCCUCUAAAUUUGAACAGAACACCCUGCAGUUAAUGGGUUCUUCCUCUUGUUGUCAAGUGUGCUCUUACUGUGCCCUUCACCCACCCCCCGCCUCUUUCAUUAUUUCAGCAGCAUUCUUCUCGGUUCCUUCUUGUGUCCCAUUGGGCUUCUUCUCAUGUCUAACGCCUGCCCACUUGGGCUCAGUAAUACACCCCUCCUGUGCUCUCCCUAGGAAUCUUACUGUACGCUCUCAGACAGCCAGGCAAGCUUGUCCUGUGCUGUGUGCGGAAAAACUUGUACAGUCUCCUCAUAAUCAGUAAUUUCAGGCCUCCUGUGUUGUUACCAGCUAUUUAUUUGUAUCUCUGUACAGCAGGGGUUUCUUUCCAGUGACAAAAUGAAGCUUGUGGGAGCCUUGUAUGCUCCAAGCAGUGCCUUUUCCAGCUGAGUUGGACACUGUUGUCACUUAGCCUGCGUGCUGUGCAAAAGAAUACCUAUAACUGUAUACCUCAAUUUCUUAUGAAAAAUAAAAUGCUUUGUAGUAUCUUA